AUGGAUACAUCAGCACAGACUCGAGAUCCCACACAGCUGCACGACUCAAUUUCCGUGCAAAUCGAUGCCCAUGACGAAACUGAACGUCUGCGUACCCCAGAACAAAACCAGUCCUUAGAUCUGUAUGAUGGGGUGGGAAUCGCCGACCCAGUCAGUCUUCCAGAAUCUUUGGCAAGCUCUGUGACUAGCUCGCCGUCGCUCAACGCUGCAGAAUCAUUCUUGGCCUACACUGGCACAAACAGCGUCAAUAACUCAACGGAGAAGCUCAAGUUCUCCAACUCAGCUAUGAGGUUCAAUGAAGAAGCCUCCACAUAUCCUUACAAAAACGUUCCAACUGCAUUGGACUCACCGGGAACGCCUGAGCUGCCCCUCUUCUCGCUGAACAGUGGUAAUCCAUCCCAGACAAAUACUCCAAAACUGGAAUCUUCUUUUGGGUCCCUAGGCUCGCCAUAUAGAGGCGCCCCGAAAGUUGCCGGUUCUCUUGCUUCGGUAGACGACGAAAUCUCCCUCACUGCCGACGUCUCUUCUCUCCACCAGCCAGCCAGCUCUACCUCACCUAUGGCGAUCAAUAUAGAUGCGGAUGUAUAUUCCGAUUCAGAUGGCGGUAGAGAUGGAUAUCCUUCGAUUCAUAGCCCGUUAUUCUAUUCUAGUGCGCUGGAACUGGAGGGGCCUUCAAAUGCCACCCCCAGCGCCAGAAGAAGCAGGAAACUGACCCAGAUAAAUGUUCUCACGCCGCCACCGGCUACCAAAGCUCGCAAGCCUGCUCGUAGAAAGUCCCGCAACUCUGAGGCAAACUCUGAAAAAUCCCAUCGCUCAGAAUUCCAUCUGGGAAGUGGCUAUACACAAACACCCACCUCCGGUAAGAUCUUCCGCAAUCUACUCAUUCUCGAGGAAAGUCUUCGGCAACAGGUCAUUCAGCAACGUACACUUCGCCGGAAAUAUGUCACUUUCUUGGCUGUUCUUUGCUCUCUCAUCGCUGGCCUAACCCACCACUUGUAUGUGAGCGAGUAUCGUGGCCCCUUCCGUGUGCUUCUACAAUUGUUGCUCCUCAUGCUAGUGGUGACACUUCUCCUUUACCACCUCUCAGGUGAGUACCAAAAGACCAUCGUUCUCCCGAGAAAGUUUCUCUCCUCUACCAACAAAGGAUUGAGACAGUUGAACGUAAGACUAAUGAAAAUAAAAACAACGUAUACAGGAACAACUGCUGAUUUGACACGCGAGAUAGGAUUAUUCUUGUGUUCAAUGGCACUUAAAUUCUGUCAUACUGCAUUCCCUUCAAUGAUUCAGAACCCCAACUCAAAACUUGAAAUCUGGCUUGUUCUGGCCCAGCUGAGGUGCCAGCCACGAUUUGGCUUAAACGACGUCAAGCUUGUUCUCAUCCCUAGAAGUUUUAGUACCGACAUCAGAGAAGGCUGGGAAUUGUACCGGAAUGAAUUCUGGGUGAAUGAGGGAGUACGAAGAAGAAAUGCGGCGCUCGACUUCACCAAGCCAAAAGUAACAAAAAAGACGACAAAAGACAAGCCACGAAAGAGAAGACCUUCGGCGCCUCCCCUUCUCAAUUUGAGCGAACGAAACCUCCAACUGAUGGAUCAAAGUCCUGAAGCAUUGAAGUUUUCAUCUGUUCGCCAAUGA